AUGGACGAUGAUGGUAAAUGGGAUUGCACUGGCACCAUGUCGCAGCAGACCAACCCGCUUUGCACUGCCGCAGGAUCUUCUGAGCUGACUGUUCAGCAAUUCAAGGGGCGCAUCGUGAUCUGGACUACUGACAGGCCGACGACUCGACGCAACCAGAAGAAAGGGAACGCGGUAGGGCAUCUCGAUACGACUUCAUUCUCCCUCAUUAGCAGUCUAGGACUCGACGCAACUACCCACAUUCGAAGCGCCUAG